UUUUCAUGGAAGCCAUUUCCGUUGAACAGGCAAUCCCAUGCGUUCGGUUUGUGAGUGUGGUUUGUAAUAAAUAUUUAUAAUAAUUUUGUUUGUAAAUGUGCCUGUGCUGAUCUGCAUUAAAAAUGGCUCGUUACGGCCAAAGGCCAGAAAAUGCCCUUAAGAGGGCUAAUGAAUUCAUCGAUGUCGGGAAGCAGGCUCGUGCCCUGGACACACUGUGCGAGGUGUUCAAGAACAAGAAAUGGGCGUUCAACUACAGCGAGAGUGUGCUCGAGCCAAUCAUGUUCAAGUAUUUGGACCUCUGUGUGGAACUCAAGAAGUCGCACGUCGCCAAGGAGGGGCUCUUCCAGUACAGGAACAUGUUUCAGUCGGUGAACGUGAAGUCGCUGGAGAACGUGAUUCGCGGCUACUUGCGAACAGCUGAGGAGCGGACAGAGGCGGCUCGUAACCAAUCACAGCAGGCCGUUGUCGACAUCGAUGACCUUGACAACCUGGCCACGCCCGAGAGCAUUCUCCUCAGCGCUGUGAGCGGAGAGGACGCUCAGGACAGGAGUGACCGCACCAUCCUGACGCCAUGGGUGAAGUUCCUGUGGGAGUCCUACUGCCAGUGCCUAGAGUUGUUGCGCAUCAACGCGCAUGUCGAGACUCUCUACCACGACAUUGCGCGCAUGGCGUUCGCGUUCUGUCUGAAGUACAACCGCAAGACGGAGUUCCGCAAGCUGUGCGACAAGCUGCGCAAACAUUUGGACGACAUCAACAAGUUGGCGCCCCAGGCCACCAAUGUCAGCCUCACCAAGCCGGAGACGCAGCAGUUCAACCUCGAGACGCGACUGGUGCAGCUCGAAUCCGCCAUUCAGAUGGAGUUGUGGCAGGAAGCGUACAAGGCGACAGAGGACAUUCACAGCCUGAUGAACAUGUCUAAGAAGCCACCUAUUCCGAAGACAAUGGCCAACUACUACCAGAAGCUGGCCAUGGUGUUCUGGAAGGCCGGCUACUACCUGUUCCAUGCUGCCGCUCUCUUCAAGCUCUUCCAGCUCAGCAAGGACAUGAAGAAGAACAUCACGCACGACGAACUGCAACGUAUGGCGUGCAAAGUGCUGCUGGCCACUCUAUCGAUCCCGCUGCCAUCGGCGCACCCCGAGUUUGACCGCUUCAUCGACACCGACAAGAGUCCAAUGGAGAAGGCGCAACGCCUCGCCAUGCUGCUCACACUCAACCAGCCGCCGACGCGCGCCUCCCUCCUCAAGGACAUUUUGCGCGUGAACGUGGUGGGCCUGGCGUCGCCCGCACUGCAGGAGCUGUACCACUGCCUGGAGGUGGAGCUGAACCCACUCACCCUGUGCAAGCGAGUGCACGCAGUCACCACCCAACUGCAGCAGCAGCCAAACUCCACCGACCACCAGUAUGUCCAGCCGCUGCAUGACGUCACACUUGUCAGAUUGGUGCGCCAGGUGUCACAGGUGUACCAGACAAUCAGGUUCGACCGGCUGCUGGAGUUGGCUCACUUCACCUCGCCCUUCCACCUCGAGCGUCUCCUCGUCGAGUGUGUGCGUCACAACGACAUGCAGAUCCGCAUAGACCACGGCCGUGGCUGCGUGCACUUUGGCAUGGACCUGGCGGAGGCGCAGCGCGAGGACAGGGGGCCGGGAGAGGGGGGCCCCACCCUGCAGCCUAUGCCCAGUGAACAGGUGCGCCAGCAGCUCAUCAACAUGUGCACUGUGCUCACCAAGGCUACCAACAUUAUCAAUCCCAACGCCAACAAGGCGGAGCGAGAGAAGACAAUGCAGCUGAUGGUGAAGCACUACCACGAGACCAAGGUGAAAGAGCACAUGCGAAUUCUGGCUCGCCACAAGAUCAUAGAAGACCGCAAGGAGUUCCUCGAGAGAAUGAACACUGUGCGCGAAGAGGAAGAGGCUAGGAAAGCAGGCGAACUGGCCAGAAAGCAGGCGUUGGCCGAGGCGCGUCGGUUGGAGGCAGAGCGCGAGGAGAGAGAGCGCAAGCGUCAUGAGAGCGAGAUGCAACAGAUCAAGGAUCGCACGCUCAAGGAGAAGAUGCAGCAGAUCUCGAUGACGCCACACGGUCAGAAGGUGCUCAAGAAGCUCGAGGAAGAUGAGUUGAAGAACCUGGACGCGGAGACAAUCUCGGCCCGGGAGCAGGAGGAGCUGAUGAAGGAGCGCAAAGAAAUGCAGCAGAAGCUCAAGUCGCAGGAGAAGAAGGUCGACUACUUUGAACGGGCCAAGCGCAUCGAGGAGAUUCCCCUCCUCCAGAAGAUGUUUGAAGAGAAGCAGGUGGAGGACCGAGCCUACUGGGAGCAGAAGGAGACCGAUCGAAUUGCCGAACUGGUGGCCGAACGGAAACUGGCAGUCGAGUACAAGGAGAGGUGCGCGCGCAUGGCCGCUGACAAACAGGCCUACCAGGCUAAGCUCAGCUCAGAGCGCAACUCUGCCUAUCAGGACAAGCUGUUGGCGUUCGAAGCGAGGCUGAAGGAGGAGAGAGAGAAGCGUCUGGUGCAGCGUAGGGCCGAACGCAAGGAGCAGAGGAGGAGGGAGUGGCGUGAGGAGAAGGAGCGCCAGGAGCAGGCCAAGCGUGAGGAGGAGCAGCGCAAGAAGGAGGAGGAGGAGCAGAGAAAGAAGGAUGAGGAGGAGCGAAAGCGUCGUGAGGAGGAGGAGGAGCGGCUGGCUGCCAAGCGACAGGAGGAGGAGGCGAUAGCGGCGGCGAAACGCGCUGAGGAGGAGGAACGCUACCAGAAGCAGAAAGAGGCGGCUGACCGGCAGGCGGAAAUCGCCAGACGUCGUGAGGCGGAAAUAGAGGCCAAACGCCAACAGGAGGCCGAAAGAGAGCGAGAACGGAUGAGGGGUAGUGGCGGAGGAGGAGGGGUAACGAGAGGAGGAGGAGGAGGAGAGACGGAGAAGGGUUCGUGGCGGAAGCCAGCGUCACAAUCUGCCGAUUCAGCAAAGCCGAGCGGCGCUUCUGCCGAACCCUGGAAGCCCUCGUUCCGGAACAAAGAUGAGCGUGGAGGUGGAGGAGGUGGAUCGGGAAGGGGAGGGGAUGAUGGAGGGAGACCGUGGCAGAGGGGCGGAGACCGGGAGAGAGAUGGAGAUAGGCCGGCGCCGAGGGACUUUGACAGGGACAGAGACCGUGAUAGGGACGGAGGUGGUCGCAAUUGGGAUAGGGGCGGUCCGAGGAGGGGUGGUGGCGCCCCAGGCGACCGUGAUCGUGGUUUCGGUGACCGUGACCGAGACCGUGACCGUGGUUUUGGCGACCGUGACCGUGACCGUGGAGGUGACCGCGAUCGUGACCGUGGCGAACGGCCCGAAGUGAAUUUCAACUGGCGAGCUAGACAGGACGAUAGGCGUGGAGAUGACAGCAGAAGAGGCGAUGAUAGGCGCAGAGACGAUAGAGACAGAGAUGACAGGCGGCGAGACGAUCGAGAUGAGCCCAGGAGAUUCGAGAGCAAAGCGGGUGGAGGAGGUGGAGGUGGAAAGAUGAGUUGGCGCCAGGAAGCUGCACCCCCCUCAGGAGGCCCCCCGGCCCCUGCUGCCGCUCCCGCCCCCGCACCGGCCCCAGCGGCCCCCUCUGCCUCUGCUCCAGCUAGCGGCGAAGAUGGUGGUGAUGAUGGUAACUGGCAACAGGUGAAGAAUCGCAAGAACUAAAUGCAGUACAGGUCGACUAAACGCAGUAACUUGUCACUUUGCCCAAAUUUAGAUUGGGUAGCUUUAUAAGCAUAGCUAAUAAUAUAAUUACAUCGUUUUCUUAGAAUGCGGAAACUUCUGCUAUUUUCAUUUGGUGUGGAAAUUGUACUCAGUUGUUCUAUUCUGCUCAUCAUAUUAUUAUCUUGUUUUCUCUACAAUAUUGUAUAACCAUAUUUAUACCAUAAAUAAAAUCAAAUAUUGAUUACUGA